CAGAACUACAAACGCGAACAGCCGCGAAGCUACGGCGUCCGCAAACGGACUUCUUUAGCAUAGUAAUUCCUUUUAAAUAAUACAUGUCAUGGACAUGCGAAGGAAAUUGUUCUUCUAAAUGAUGGAUGUUCAGCUGGCGUGAGGAGAGCAGUCAUGAUGUACAUGCGAAGAGGAAAAUUGAGAUUUGUUUUCAUGGUGGUUGCCCUCAUAAUAUCGGUAUGCCUUGUCCUCAAACUCCUGCAGAUGAAUCCUGAACUAACAUUAUCAGAUUUAGUAGAAAGGUCAUUGGGGGGAGCAGCUUCUGACCAGUUAAAACCUGAUCAUAAUAAAGAUGAUGGUCCUAAAGGCAAAUGUGGCCUCCCAAAACCAUGUCCUGAAAAUAAUUAUACCUUUAAGAUGUACAGCGGCGCAACAAGCAUCAUUGGACCACGAAUAUGCUUUGAGGGGAAAAUGAUAAUAGAGAAAGACACACGGGGAAAUCGACGAGGAAUUAAUAUUGCUGUUAUCAAUGAAAAAACGGGUGAACACGUUAACACUGGCAGCUUCAAUAUGUGGAACGGAAAGGUUGAGGAGCUGAUAGAGUUUCUGAAGUCAAUCGAGAAUGGUUCUCUUGUGCUGAUUGCCACUUUUGAUGAUCCAGCCACAAAACUUAAUGAUGAAGCAAGGACACUCUUUGCAGAGCUUGGCAGUUCAUAUAUUUCCCAGCUGAAAUUCAGAGAUAACUGGGUCUUUGUGGGAGGAAAGAAAACCAAAACCAAUAUCUCUUUUGAGCAGCACAUAAAGAAUGACAGGGAAACCAAUAAGUACGAAGGCUGGCCAGAAAUUAUCGAGAUGGAAGGUUGCAUACCUCGAAUAGACUGAUUUUUCCUAGGCAUAAAAGGCACAAUUUGUUCUGCUAAAUAAUGCCUUUUAAAUCAGGCACCAAGCUGAGCCACAAUUCAUUUCUAAUGAGUUACAUGAUACUUUGGACUGUCUUGAAUAUAGAGUCAUUCAUUUUUGGCCAGAGGUUAUCCUGGGCUUUUAUAAUAUUAUAUAAUAUAUAAAAAUAUUUUUUUUUAUUUUUAUAUAGUAAAUAUAUUUGUUGUUAUUUUUAUUUUU